GGUAAAGUUGGCAGACUGGGGUUUGGGUGUCUUGUUACCAAAGUAAAGAAGAGCCUCUCUCGCUCGAUUUAAAUAAGCACACACAAUACUCUCGCAGAGAGACAGAGAGAGAGAGAGUAUUUCCAACAUAAACUUGAAAAAUGAGUAGCAUCGGAACAGGUUACGACUUAUCGGUGACGACUUUCUCGCCGGAUGGCCGUGUUUUUCAGAUCGAGUAUGCUGCUAAAGCCGUCGACAACAGUGGCACCGUCGUUGCUAUCAAAUGCAAAGACGGCGUCGUUAUGGGAGUUGAGAAGCUGAUUGCUUCGAAGAUGAUGUUACCGGGAUCGAAUCGGAGAAUUCAUUCUGUUCAUCGCCAUUCCGGGAUGGCUGUUGCAGGAUUAGCCGCAGAUGGGAGACAAAUCGUUGCACGAGCCAAGUCUGAGGCUAACAACUAUGAAAGCUUGUAUGGUGACCAAAUUCCGGUGAAAGAAUUGUGCGAGCGUGUUGCUAGUUAUGUGCAUCUGUGUACACUUUAUUGGUGGCUCAGGCCAUUUGGCUGUGGAGUGAUUCUUGGUGGUUAUGACAGAGAUGGACCACAACUAUACAUGAUUGAACCUUCAGGAGUUUCUUAUAAAUACUAUGGUGCUGCUAUUGGAAAAGGCAGGCAGGCUGCCAAGACAGAAAUCGAAAAAUUGAAGUUAUCUGAAAUGACCUGCCGACAAGGCAUCAUUGAAGUGGCUAAAAUAAUUUAUGGAGUACAUGAUGAGGCCAAAGACAAGGCCUUUGAAUUAGAAAUGAGUUGGGUUUGUGAUGAAUCAAAACGCCAGCAUCAGAAGGUUCCAGAUGAGCUUUUAGAAGAAGCCAAGGCAGCAGCACAGGCGGCACUUGAAGAAAUGGAUGCAGAUUAAAUUUUGUAAAACAAAGAUAUGCGUCUUUCUAUUUGUCUUGAUAGUUGUCCUUGGGGUCCAUUGUUGAAUGUUAAGCUCAUAAGCUGUAAUCUGGCUCUUUAACUUUCUUGUAUUAUUUAUGAUUUUGACCAUGAAGAUGUAUUACAUUUUCUUUUCUUUGCUAAAUAUAUGAAAUGUUGUCAUCAA